AACAUCGUAACAAAAUUAACGAAAUGUGCAUUAAAUUAGAGAAGGAAACGUUCAAUUAACUAGGGAACCCACUUGAGCUUUGGUUAAUGCGCUUUACCAACGUGUAGUCGUGGACAGCGACAAUGUUUAAGCUAGAGUCCUACAUAACACCAAUUUUGCUGAACUACGUGGCGAAAUAUGUUAACAUUCGUGACGAAGAUGCACAGGUGUCGCUGUGGGAGGGCGAGGUAUCGUUUCAGAAUUUGGACCUGCGCCUGGACGUGCUCGAGGAGGAGCUGAAUCUGCCAAUUGAGCUCGUCUCCGGCCACAUACACGAGCUGUCCAUCCAAGUGCCCUGGACAAAGCUAACAUCGGAGCCGGUGCGCAUAGAGAUCAAUACCAUUGAGUUUGUCGCCAAGCUGCCCAACGAGGAGAGCAAGCAGCGUCGCGCCGCCCGGCUGCAGGAACAGCGUCGCAAACGCACUGCGGCCGAGGCCGAGGAGCAGCAGCAGGCCCCCACCAGCAUUCCCGCUGUGGUCAACAAGAUCAUCAACAACAUCAACUUGCAGUGCCACAACAUCAUUCUGAAAUACGUCGACGAUGACAUUGUGGUCUCCAUGAAUGUGCAGUAUUUGAACUUCAGCGCCGCCGACGAGAAGUGGCAGCCAGCCAUGGUGGAUGUGAAUCCCGUGAAUGUGUUUUUGCGCAAACUGCUGCAGGUAUCCGAUUUAACGAUAUGCCUGGACAAGCGAAACACAGCUGGUCGUAUUGAGGUGUGCCAGGAGCCGGUUCUAUACCGUUGCACACUGGAGCUGCGUGUGCUGCGGAAACACAAUGUGAAUACCAUGAGCACCAUGAGCACCACGCGGAUUGGCGUCUUCACCAAAUCGCUGGACAUUAAUGUGUCGUCGAUGCAGCUGCCGAUGGUUAUGAGGCUGGUUAAAAUGCUACUGGAGCUGAAGCCCGCUGAAAUUGAGGAGGAAAUCUUUAGCUUGGAGGCGCCGGUGGCGACUCCCAAUGUCGGCGGCCCCACAAAUCUGGUCUCAAGCGACGUGGUCACAACUUCUUUAUUUUCGCGUGCAUGGAAUUUGUUUCCCAGCUUCGAGACACCACCGACCUCGGCAACUGUCGAGGAUCCCGUUGGGCAUGCCUUCGAUGUGGGCGUCUAUGCGGAGGAAUUGAAUUUCCAGCUCAAGAACUCGGAGCUAAUCACCGACCAGGCCAUGGGCGGCAUCAAGCGCAUACGCUAUACCCCAAUUCUGCGCAUCAGCCUGGGCGGCAUAUACUACGAGAGGUCGCAGCUGAAGGAGAGCGAUUGGACGAAUGUGCGGGCGGGCCUGUCCAGUAUUUGUAUGGAGCCGUUGGGUGUCUAUCGCAGCGAAGAUCCCAUGGAUCGCAGCCUGGUCAACACAAAGGAGUUCCACAACGAGCGCGCGUUCAUUGACAAGAGUCUGUUCGAUGAUCAGUACACGUUCGCGGAUCGCAGUUGGUCCAGCCACAAUCACGACGAUUACUUCGCACGCAACACCGACGAAUAUAUGCUCUUUCGCAGUCCGGUGCUCGCCUUCGACAUUGUCGAGUGCCGUGCGCCGCGGCCCGCUAGGGGCCAAGCCUCGCCGGAGGCGCAGCUGAGAGAUCUGGGCCUGCGCGUCAAGUAUCGAGUGCUGUCCGCGGGCAUAACAUUCCAUUUUACGCAGUCAUUUCUACAGGUUAAAAAUGUAAUUAGUGAUUUAUUGCGUCCUUACGAUUACACAGGAUAUCAUGCAGAGACCGUAAACGACAACGUCAUCAGCCCUGUGAGCAGGGAAGAGGAGUACAAGAACCGGUACAUGACUUAUGCCGAUUUUGAGUACCUGAUGGGCUUUAUGCCUAUGUGCAACUAUAAGAUUGAGUUGCGUGACAUGACCGUCAAGUUCUAUCCGCGACAGCAGAGUGACGAGAGCUCCUCGGCCGCCAAUCAGCAUCGCUUGACCACCACGGUCAACCAAUCUCUGCUGCCCUAUCUGCAGCUGAGGCUGGCCUUCGCCGAGGGUGUCAUUUGUGGACCGGCCAAUCCGCAGCGUCUGGUGCAGCUGAUCACCCAUCUGGAGGACAAGCCGCGCGAGAUAAUCGAGUCCUGCUAUAAUGCGUACACGUUUAAUGUCAAGAAUUUGUCGUUGUCGGCAAUCAAUACCACGCCGGAGAUGGGCACGGCCAAGCUGUUGAAUAUACCCAGCAUGCAGGUGCAGUUCAAGAGCCUCCUCUUGCCCAAUUAUUGGCGCCGAAAUGUGGCCGCUCUGGAGACGGCCGAGGUACAAUCGGAGCUGAUUAACGUGGAGUUCUCCAAGCGUGAACUCGUGCUAACCACACGCAUCAUACCCCUGAUAUUGGGCUACAAUGGCCCCCAGCUGGGCGCCCUGGCCAAGCUGACCGCACAGGCGAACAACUCCUCGGACGUGAUCAAGCUGCAAACGCUCAUCACCAAGGUGCGGCUCAACUAUCGCAAGUACCACACGCACCUGGCCAUGUUGUUCUCGCUGCGAAACAUGAGCACAGAUGUUUACCACACGAUGAUGAACAUUCGAAACGUGGUCUUGUCCACAAAUAAGGGCAUCACCAACAAAUGGCUUGAGCUGCAGUUGCAGGUUCCGCUUCAGGACUCGAAGCUGGACAGCAAGCUAAUACCCGCCAAUGCGGUGUGCCUCUGGAUCGAAAGUUUUCGCAUCACACUAGACAUCUAUUUGUUGCAGUUUCUCAACUCUUUCGAAAAUCCCGAGCCGUGCAUUGAGAAUGAUUUGGAACCCGAGUUUGAUUCAUACAGUCUAUCCGAAAAGCUUCCGUCGAAUUCGAACUUUUCGAUGGCUUCGGUGCCAAAGUUGUCGCAAAUGGAAGUGAAUAUGCGUCGCCUGAGCCGGACGAAUAGCCGCAAGAUCUCUGUGCCCGCAGAGACGAUACACGCAAGCACCGAACGCGACGAGAAGCCGGCCACGCACGUGGAACCCGUAAAAAUGGCGCCAAAAAGCGAAUCGAGCGGUGAUCAAAGCAUCGAAUUGAUCCAGUUGAUGAAGCGCCUGAGAACCAUAGUUGUGGUCAUGGAGAUAACAAAGGUGCGGAUCGAUGUGUGCGAGGUGAUGCUGCGCAGGGCCAACAAGGAUGCGGAUGUGGAGUACACAUCGAUUCGAUUGGACCGCCUGAAAAUCAAGUCGAGCCACGCCGACGAGGUGCUGCGCGGCAACAUACGCACCGUCAUCAGCGUGACGAACAAUGCGGAGCUCUGCAACUGGGUUAUGGAGCUGAAGGAUUUCGCCGUCUGCUAUCGCCUGGGCGACACAACCGAGAUGAUUGUGGCUCCGGUGCGGACAACAAUCACGCUCGCCCUGUCCCACAAGAUAGCCGAAAAGGUGCCGGAAGCGCUGGACUCCAAGUCCAACAAGCGUUCCGACUCGUUUAUCGAGGAGGCCAAAAUUGAGGGCCAGUCGGGCUCCAAGAAAGUCGAGUGGCAGGAGGAGCCGCAGUACAAGGCGGAGCUGCCGAGCACCUACUCGAUCAAUGUGCACGUGGACAUGUCAGCUAUCAAUAUCUUUGGCCGUCAUCUUAAACUCAUGCAUGAUCAUUACGAAAUCCUCAACGCGGUCUACACUUCGCUUCUCUCCUUGAGCGCCGGCUCGUGCCAAACGCAUCGGGCGGAGCGCCGGCCCAGUCUGGAGAUUUACACGGGCAGCGCACAGAACUAUGCCAUGCUGAAGGAGUUUCUCGAACUGGAUCCCAACUUUAAGCCGACCGCUAACACCCCAGAUCCGAAAGUGAAGGCCUCCUUGAUAUUUUUUUGUCAGUGGACUAUUCCGCGCAUUUCGCUGGAAGUGGAGGGCUUUUGUGAUUACAAGCACCGCAAGCUCUUGUUGAGCUUUGAGGAUCUGCUACUGAACGUGGACAGGCACGAGGACUUCACCAAGGUCACCACUAAAGUGGAGAACUUCAGCCUGAACUACUAUGAGGCGAUCGUGCUAGACGAGUGGCAACUCAUGGACGACUUUCACAUCAAAAUGCUGGGCGACAAUAUGAAUUUGCCGCUGAUCAAUGUUGUCGUCACAACUGUCAGCCUGCAGGAUCUGCACUCAAAGAUUGGGGCUCGCGAUCUGCUUAGUGAACGUCGCACAAUCUCCGAGCUGAUCAUCGAGGUGCAGCCCAUCGAAAUAAUCUUGCAUGUGGAUCGCAUUAGCGAGUUCUUGGUAUCCCAAUGCGAGGUCUUUGAAAUAAUGCGCAGCGGUUCAACCAAAGAGGUCGCCAAGACCCAACCGGAAGCUGUUAAGGAUAGCAUUACGACUGUGCAUGAUUUGCCCAUGGUACAUCUGAACAGCAAGGGCAUCUUUAUCUACCUGCCCGUCGAGUCGGAGAAGAAAUGCUGCAGCGUGCUCUUGCUGCGGAUCGAGAGUAUCAAGCUGACGCCGAGUGUGGAGAAUCCUCUGGUGCGUCAGCCCAUUCGCCCGGAUGUAUACAACAAGGCAGCGGAGCUAAAUAUGCUGAGCACGCCGGGCUCCCUGGUCGAGGAUCGUCAGUACGAGCUGAGCGUGCGCAGGAUUUCGCUCUCCUCAGGCAACUGGCUGCAGACGCAGAAAUAUCGCACGGAGGCGACGCUGGUGAACAAGCACAGCAAUCCGGCUCUGGAGUGGAACAAUCAGACGCGUUCCACAGAGCUGGAGCACAUGGAUAUAUUCAAGGACUUUGAUUUUAUCACCGUUUUUGCGCCAGCCAUCAGCUACGAUCGGUUUUUGGUAUGCGGCGAAAGCGUCGAGUUCAAUUGCGUGACGGAUUUUGUGGCGACGCUGAAUACGCAUCAAAUUCACCUGAUCUCCUGCAUCAUAAAUCGUGUGCAGCGGCUACGCGGCAUUCUGGGCCAGAGCUGUUUGGAAACAUGCCCCAAAUCCAGACUCCCUGCGAUUGUCGGCAGCCUGAAGCUCUCCGUAGCGGAUGUGCAACUCGCUCAGUCGAUCUGGUCGCAAACGCAUAAAAGUAAACUGAAUAAAGAUUGGGCGAAGGCGAAGGCGAAGGCGCCUGCCUUCGGCAGCUUUGCGGAUGCCCACAGCAGCGACACGCUGCUCGUCUCCUGCCAGAGCGACUCGGGCAUUAAUAUACCCAAAAAUACAAUUGGUGUCCAGGUGCCGCGAAACUAUACGUUGGACUCGCAGAACCAGCUCGGCGUCACAAAACAAAAAUUGAGCUAUCCGCGCAGCGUCUCCUUUGUCGCAGGCAUCUUUGCGCUCAGAGUCUACGAUGUGCUCGAGGAAAAGGAUGAGCUGAAGUUCCGACCGCUGCUGCUGGUGACCGUAUCGCAGCCGAGUUUUAUGUCCACGCAAACGCCGCGUGCUGUCAUUACCCAGGCUUCCGUUUUUGACUUUAAUAUACAUUUGGCCAGGUCGGACACGGAGCGCGACUUCGUCAGCUAUGAUGAAGCUCUGAACGGGCAGUUCAGCGAGCCCGUCUUCGACACGCAGCCCGGUACGCUCGGCAGCUCCGGCAUUCCACCGCCUCUUUUCACCCUGAAGACGCAAGUCGAUAGGAACCAGCACGUGGACGUGGACAUCGAGCUGCGCAAGCCUAUGCAGCUGAGCCUAUGCGAGAGCAGCGUCAAGCUGCUCUCCAGCGAUCUUAUACGCAUCUACUCCUUGUUGAGCCUUACUCCUUACUUUGCCCAGCGCAGCGAGAGGCCUGUUGUGCACACCACGCACAUGCGCCAGCUGAAGCUGCAGUGCUUCAAUGCGGAUCGCCUGCAUUUCGUUUGUGACCGGGUCACCGUCAAGUUCUACGACGAGGCGCAGAGCUACAGCUGCAGCGCCGUCUGCCUGGACUUUAAUGCCAACGUCAAGUUCACGGACCGGCCACAAAAGGCCUCCAUUAAGUCGACGCUGGGCGCCUUCUAUGUGCAUACCGGCGAUCAGAUACUGCUGCAUCCGCUGCUGAUACGCCUCUCCGCGGAUCUGCUCAGUGAAUCCUGGUGCGAUCAGCUGCUGACCAGCAUCACGCUCAAGCUCAACGUGCUGCACGUCGAUGCGAGCAUCCAGAACAUUUUGCAUCUGAGUCAGGCGCGCGAUGGACUGGACAACAUUAAAACACACGCUGACCAGGAAUGGCAGCACUUUCUGCAAGAGCGUCCAUCGCUGGGCCAGCCGCCGGCAAAUCCGCCGAAGGAACUCUUGAAGUACACGCCCUCCCAGGCAGAGAUUGUGCGCUCCAAGACUGCGCAGAAAACCAAGAUUGAGUUCUACCAGGACGACUUGCGCGCGGGCGCCUUUCAGUUUGUCUAUCUGAACACGGACACCAUGCUGCCAAUGCCCUACCAGGUGCAGAUCAUCAAAAAGAACUAUGGCAUCAUUUGCUGGCGCUAUCCGCAGCCGCGCCAGAUGAGCCGCAUACACAUCUAUCCCGUGCCAAUGCCCGUGGAGAAUCCCAUACACAUCCAAUGCCGCAUGGAGUACUUCAGCGAGACACACGAAACAUUUUUGCACUAUUGUGAUUUCGAGCUCUCGGAGAUUGCCAGCAAGCAGUUAACGCCGCCGGAUCGCAACAUUAGCGCGACAAUUUGGCGCGUGGUGAUCAUGCAAUCGCUCAUCUCUGUGAACGGCUCCUGCUUCGAUCCGGAGGAGGAUGAGGAUCUGCAAACGAUCGAGAGCAGCCGCUUGGAGUUUGACUUUAGGAAAUGUGACAACAAUGAUUUUAUCCUGCAUCCGAAAGUUCUGGUGGGCUGCAUGCGCAUCGAUACCACCUUCCAGGCGGAUCUGGUGCCCAAGCUGCAGCUGCUCGUGUGCUGUCAGAAUAUUAAGUUGAACUUCUUGAACCAACCGGACGCGUCGAAUGUGCUGCCGCCGCCGCUCCGGAAAUAUUAUUUGCGACGCAUCACGAAAAUAACGCAGACAUUUCUCACCGUGCACGUGGAUGAUGUGCGGCUGCACGCGUCCGUCUAUACGCCGAAUAAUUACAGCGUUGAGACGGACUUUCGCAGUCGCAUUAAGUGCCUGGACUAUGGCUGCCUCAAUAUGCUGGACAUCAUGGAGCCCAUGGCUUUUCAUAGCUAUUUGCGGUUUAACAGCGCAAAGAGCUUGCUGCAGGCCAACUUUUUGCUGGACAAGCUGCGUUUCAAUUGUGGGCCCUGCGUGAUACACACGCUGCUCUGCUCCAAGCAGCACUGGCAGGAGCUGCUGCAGCAGCACGACGUCGUGCACACCCUAAUGCCCAGGUGCGUGAUCGUCAAUCGCAUGCAGACGGCUUUUGUCUUCGGCCAGACGGGCACAAGCGAACGGAUCCCGGUGGCAACCCAGGAGAUGCGUCCCUACUAUUUCUGCAGCGAUAGUCACGGUCAGGAGCUAACGUUCCACAUCGAAGAUGCGGACACGCAUCAGCUGGAGGUCAGCGAAUCGGUGCCGAUUGCUUUAAAGUUCGAGGACGAGCACCAAGUGCGUCAUGUGCGCGUCGGUCAGCGCUUCCUGACCAUCAAGCUGAGCAAAUUGUCCGCCACGCAGGUAUAUAUCCUGGUCAAGGGCCAGAUUGAGCUGGUGAGCAUGGUGCCCUUUGAGCUGCUCACCGAGUUUCGAACUGAGGGCAAUCCACAGGACGAACAACAGACACAUUUGCUGCCUGCCAAGGGCCGCGUUUCCUUUUACCAGGAUGUGGCGCGAAAUGCCGACAUCAGCAUGAGGCUCAAGCUGAGCUCGAGUCAGGGCAAAGGACGCACUGGAGACAUCCCGCUUAAGUCGAACAACAGCCUGCCCUGGCUGGUGAAGGUGCCGACCCAGUUGCCGCAGCAGUUUAUCAGCUUUUGGGUGCGCAUUGUGCGCGAGGACAUUCCGCUGGGACUUAUCGAUGAUGAUGAUUUGUCGCCGCAAAGGAUACUCGUCAGCAUUUGGCCCAUAUUCGAGAUCUGCAACUUGCUCAGCUGCGAGCUGCCGGCAACGGAAAGCAGCACUGAGGAGCAGUUCAUUAUUGCUGCGGAGGGAGGUCGCCAAUCCUUGAGCACGGCCACAACGCACUCCACGGAGCAUUGCGUGAAGUUCAAAUUCCCCUGCGCCCUAGGCCCCGCCUCGCAAGGAGAAUACACUUUUAUGCUCAAGUCCAUCGACUGGCACAAGUUUUUCCACUACGAGCCCGCGGAUUGGCCCAUUGAGCGCACGCUGGACCAGUUGGACAGGACUCUUAAGCCCAAAUGGCCGCUAAACGAUGCCGAGGAGCUGCGCGUGCAUCGACCGUUCAAGCUGCUCGACCAGCUGGAUGUCCAGUACCGUGCGCAGGCGACACGCGAGUUCUCCUGCACCCUCGGCCUGGAAAUUGCCGCCUGGGGCAUGUUCAUCAACGACACGGAUCUGGAUGUAAGCAUCUGUUUGCCGGCGGCAGGCGCUCGCCAUCUUAUCCGCGCCAACUGCCUGGAAAUGCUGCCCGCGCUAGGCGGCUACUUUACAAUCGCAGCGCCCGUCGCCUCCAGUUGGAUAUCCUCGCUGCCCAUCUGCCUGGAGAAUCAGACGCAGGCGGCGGGUGGCCUGGGGCGUCAUGUGCUUUUGCGCGCCAAUUCGUAUGUGGACAUAGUCCUGGUGCGCUGUGCGGAUGUGUUGCGUUUGCUGCUCGAGUUCAAGCUGGAGGAUGGCCAUCGCGUUUUUAAGCUGCGCUCCAAGUUUGUGAUCGCCAACUUCUCGGACGUCACGCUGUCUGCCCUGCCGCUGACCAUGGACCACAAGGAGACCGCGUCGCGCUCCGAUGUUAAUGCUCUGGAUUUUCUAAGGACCAUUCGUAAGCUAGAAUCCUUGAAGGCCAAGCAGCAUAACAACAUUGGCGUCUCCGUGGAGCUGUUCCACGAUCUGAACGCUCACAAGUCCAAGCACACGAGCGACACUGCUUUCGUCUACUUUAUGUGCUUCACCGUGGCCGGCAAGCAAGACAUUUGCAUACCCGUGCCGCUGACGCUGCCCUUUACGCGCCGUUGCUUCAAUCUGCAGGACGGUAGCGAUUCCAUACCCUUAAUGAUCAGCCUCAUCGAGAAGGACAAUGUGUACUAUCUGAACGUGUUCCGCGACACGUCGCCGGCCCUGAUCAUAAACAACAAUACGAAUGUGAAGCUUGUGGUGGCCCAGACGAGCGCCUCGGGCAACAGCAAUGUGACCUGCACCUCGCCCGAGCUGGCGGGCAAGCACUUCGAGUGGAAUCAAUUGAUUGCGCCGUUUAGCAAAUGCUACUAUACGCCGCCCCAGAUGUACGCCAACUUUCCCGACGUCGAGUUCACCAUGUGCAACCUGUCCCUGGCCCUUUACAGCGAUUUAGUUGCUUGUGGCAAGCACAAGAUUAGCUGGUCGAAGCCGAUUCGCACGGACAAGUCGUGGCAGAAGUUCAUACAUGUGCCCAACCAUGGCGACAUCAAGGUCGUGAUCUGUGAUAAGCAUCGAGCAAUACGCUUCAACAUCUACUACAUAGCUCAGCAGCUGGAGUUCUCCGUUAAGGAUCUGCGCUCGCGCCUCAAACAGCCUGAAAGCACGGCACAGCCGCAAUUGCCAGAGGUCGCCGAGGAGCAGCCGACCCGGUCGGAGGUGGAACCCUCUGGCUGCGAGCCGGAGCAUCGAACCGUUGACUGCAUCCACUUUAGGCAGGAGUGCGAGGCGCAUCUUACGAUCGCCGUGCGCUUCUUCGUGAAGAGCUUCGUCUUCAGCCUGCACACAAACGAUCGGGAUCGGGAUUAUCUGAAGACCGAGGUGUGCAACAUAUAUGCGGACGAUGUCAUGUUGGCCUACGACGACGACGAGGACGGACAGCGUGUGCUGCAGCUGCAGCUGCCCAAUCUGCAGGUGGACAAUCAGCUGUACUCCAAUGGCAAAUACGAUUUCCCGGUGCUUCUGUGCGCCCAGAAGCUAUACAAGCGCGACAGCUGCCUGCCCAAGGUGUACGAUCUGGAGGAGCUGUAUCGCAGCCAGGCGCGGGGCACGAUUUCAAUGAUAACCUUUGUGCUGUACGAGGAUGAGCUGCAGCUGCAGGCGGUGCGCUGCCAGCUGCAGCCCCUGCGCGUCUACAUCGAGGAUGCGUAUCUCAACCAGCUGCUGGACACGCUGGUCGAGUGUGCGCCCUCCAACUGUGUCUAUACGCCGCGCGUGGACACCAAGCGCGUCGUUCUGGACGCCGGCCAGAUAUGGCUGCCGGAGCAGGUGGUCGCCCAGGCGCGCUACAUCGCCGAGCCGCUGCGUCUGAACAGCUUUAUUGUAGAGCCGCUCAGUCUGCUGCUCUCGGUGCACACAUCCUCGCGCUUGUAUAUCGCACUGGAUCAUUCGCCUCUCUCCUUCUCCCGUUACGAGCGCGAACAGAUUCUGACCGUGCCGCUGCGCUUCGGCCAAUCCCUGGGUCUGCACUAUCUGAGCGGCGCCAUCUUUGGCGCCGGCUGGGUCGUCGGUUCGCUGGAGAUACUGGGCAGCCCGAGUGGACUCGCCCGUUCGUUUACCACGGGCAUGCGCGACUUCAUUUCGAUGCCCGUCCAGGGACUGUUUCGCGGCCCUUGGGGCUUCCUUGUGGGCAUCACCCAAGGCUCCGCCUCGUUGCUGCGCAAUGUCACCGCGGGCACGGUCAACUCGGUGACCAAACUAGCCGGCUCGGUGGCCCGUAACAUUGAUCGACUUACGCUGGACUCGGAGCACAUUGAGCUGACGGAGGCGCGACGACGCGCUCGACCCCAGGGUUUCGCGGAUGGCCUGACCCUCGGCCUAACCGGGCUGGGCAUCAGCCUGCUGGGCGCGGUCGGCGGCUUGGCGCAUCAUACGCUGGAGGCGCGCAGCUCCGUAGGCGUCCUGACGGGCCUGACCAAAGGCAUUGUUGGCGCCAUAACCAAACCCAUAAGUGGUGCGGCCGAAAUGCUGGCUCUGACGGGGCAGGGCGUGCUGCAUACGGUCGGAUUUAAUGCCAUGCCGCAGCAGGUGGAGCCGAGCGUAACGCGGAAUGUGGCAUUGCAUACAAGCUCCUAUCGCAUCUGGCGUUUCCUGCCGCAGCAGCUGAGCAGCGAUCAGAUACUGUGCUUCCAGGAGAUUACCCUGCUGCUCGGUGGCCACCUGCAGCCGGCUCUGCUGUUCCUGACAUCCGCCGUGCUGGUUAUUACGGAGCUCAAGUGUGACGAUCUGAAGUUCAUUUCACCCGUGCUCAAGGUGGAGCUGCUGGCGGAUCGCGACGAUCCCUCCAAGCUGUACCUGAGCCUGAAGCCCGAACAGGCCGACGACAUGGAGGGCCAGAUGAAGUACACCAACGAGCGCAUCAUUAGCUUCCUGAACGCAUCCCGAACCCAUGGGCCGACCAACGAUACUCUGAGCGAUCUGCUGCAGUUGCAUGAACAGGACCAGGACCAGGACGAACACGACGCUCGCCGCCAGACGCAGUGCAUCUUCUACAUUAGACCCAACCUGGGCGAGCAUUUAAUACACUACCUGAAGGUCAUCAGCCAAACCCGAAGAAGCUAAAGUGGGCGAACCUGUACAGAAUGUAUUGUUAACUAGAUGCAUAUUUGUACAUAAUAUUUAUUCUAAUAUAGUCUACGUGCAUCCGUGUUUCGUGCAUCACAUUCCCCCAAGUAUUUCUGACUCCGACUCUGUACACUUUAUACCAAAAACAAAAAAAAAAAACACAAAUAAGACAAUUUAGCAAACUAUAUUUGUUACCUUUUUGACUGGUUGCACUUUUUGCAAUAAAAAACGUAAUUCUUAAAUAUUAUUCUAUUUGUAAACAAAAAAAGGUCGUUAUUAUAUCGGUUCGAACCUUAUUAACAUAUUUUUGUCUUUGUAUAUUUUUUUGGUGCACAAAUAAU